CCGAUAUUCCGUAGUAGAUGCCGAGUUAAUCAUGUGUCGAAAAUACUAGGUGCCGAGUUUACCAGGUGCCGAAUUCACAAAGUGCCGAAUUGACAAGUAUUCCCGCCAGAAUGGCGUCGAGAAGUAGCGAAGGAGAGAAUCGUGCUAGAUUAUUUAAUCUUCCGAAAAGAAAGAGACAGUCGCUAUCAUUUACUGAUUCUAGUUCAAGUGAUACACGUGGAAACCGGGGUACGAAGUAUAAAAAGCCUCAACAUGAUGCAGACUCUGUGUCAAAUUGGACUACAAAAACUUUGAAUGAAUACGGAAUAAUGUACAAAAACAACCCUGUUACAAUCGAGGAAUUUACAAACACGAUCAAGUCAAAAGCAAACGAGGUGUGUGAAAAGACUGACCCAGAUUUCCUCUCUACUCUAGUAAUGUUAAGCAAACGAGGACUUGCUUUUUCUCUUGAUAUUCCAGAAAGGGUGAAGGAAAACAAACUGUCGGAGAGUUCCGAUAAGGUUCUUCAGAUUUUAAGGGAUUUCGAUGCGUUUGUGAAUGAAAUACUUGAGAAGGAGGAGAAGUAUAUCGGCAGUGAAGUACGUAAUAAAACAUUAUUCUUUACUUGGACCUACAGUGUACGUAGCUUCCUCAACUACUACAAGAAAUUCCUGGAAAUAGUUAAUAUAAGCCUGGCUGAGAGUAUGUUGACAAAACCAGUUAUGGAGGCUCAUUUGCAUGAGCUAUUCAUGGUCUUUUCAAGAAUCUUCUUUUUGGAACCUGAAUUGGGUAGUAAGGAAGUGAAGCGGUUAAUCAUUGGAACAAAGGUGGUUUCCUGUAUUCCUGAUGUAAGAUUUACUUGUUUAAAUCCACAGAAGCAUGGAGUUCUUAUGAUGCUAACAGAGGGUAAAAAGGACGAAUCUUUCAGGGAAAACAAAUCAUUUGAAUCGAGAAGAACCAGACGAUCAAGUGAAAGUUCUGUAGAGUCUGAUGAUGACUCUGGAAACUACAUCCAUAGCCUACUUGAUAUUCAUGUACUCGGAAGACAUGGGGGGGAGCUGCUCUCCGAACUACGAACUUCAGCAUUUGCCCCAACAAUGGUUUUUGGAUGCAUCUGUGUGGAAACAGAGAUCAUUUUUACAUACCUGGAAAUGAAAGGAGAUCAUUUGAACAAAAUAGUUUUUGAAGGUAAUUGUUAUGGUGAAUCCAGUUACAUUCGAUAUACAAAACCUCUGAAUUACCUAAUGGAAGAAGAGCGUAGCAGGUGCUUGGACCUCCUAUUCCUACUGGGUUUUAUACAGACAGCUGGGUAUGAAGAUUUAUUCCCAACUCGCCAAGGCAAAAAAUGACGUACAUGUAAUGGAUAGAGACAGGAAGGAGACAACGAAGUAAAUGCAAGUUUUUCUCGGAGCAAACAUGGACAUGGAGGGGAAAACCAAGAAAAAAGAAAGCACAAGCAGAUGAUUCAUUACCUCAUUCGGUCUAGAGCAAGUGAACAGCGAACAUGAUUCCAUGUAGAGCGAAGUGAACAGCGACCAUGAUUCCAUGUAGAGCGAGUGAACAGCGACCAUGAUUCCAUGUAGAGCGAGUGAACAGCGACCAUGAUUCCGUGUAGAGGUAGGUGAACAGUGACCAUGAUUCCGUGUAGAGGUAGUGAACAGUGACCAUGAUUCUGUGUAGAGGUAGUGAACAGUGACCAUGAUUCCGUGUAGAGGUAGUGAACAGCGACCAUGAUUCCGUGUAGAGUGAGUGAACAGCGACCAUGAUUCCGUUUAGAGGUAGUGAACAGCGACCAUGAUUCCGUGUAGAGCGAGUGAACAGUGACCAUGAUUCCGUGUAGAGGUAGUGAACAGCGACCGUGAUUCGUGUAGAGGGUAGUGAACAGGGCCAUGAUUCCGUGUAGAGGUAGUGAACAGCGACCAUGAUUAUGAACGUUAUUAUUAAACAUCUGAGAAGACAUUCUUUUUGACUGCAUGGAUAUGUUUCUGGUUGUUGUAGAGUGAGCACGGAUAUGAACAAUGACGUCACAAUAAAAUUGUGGUUUUAUGAGACUUUGACGUGACACAAGUUACAAGUACAAAUACACAGUAAAAUGUAUUGAAUAACAUCUCUCCGUUCUUGCUUUAAAGUAUUUUGGGAUCCAGAUGUACAUGUAUUUAAAAUCACUCAGUUUACAUGUGCUUAUCAAGGAACUACAUGUUUUAAUUGCUAUUAAAUCAAGAUAGUGUUUGAAAAA